UAGUGAACCGUCUCAUCGAGAUUCUGCACAUAUGGGCAAAGAAGCGUGCAAUACAGCGUGUUGGCACUGUAGUCAUCUCUUACAGAGAUGUCAGGCUACAGCAACAGCAAUAUCGAUAUAUUCUCCGCUCGAUAUCGAAACAUCAGCAUUCGCAUCCUUUCCAACGUCUCUAUAACCAUAAAACAUCAACCCAGAGCUUCCUGCAAUUCCUCAAUAAUUGGUUGCACCGACGGGUAGAGGACGGGAGCACUCUCGACCAGUAUGAAAUCGCCAUGUUGAUACAAGGGUUAUCGUCCUUGUCUCUUAGGGUACGACACCGCGAACCAACUCUCCUGCAUGAGCUAGACACCUUUAUACACAUGCUUUCUCGCCAUGCAUCGAGUCAAGUUGCAAUACUCUCUAGAGCAGAAGCUUAUCUCGAUAGGCUGAAAGGGGCCACAAACCUACCGACCUCAUCUCAGUCUAAGGACCAACUGGAAUUUCUUCGCUCCUUGAUGCGUGAAAGCAGCCUUCAGCUGGCUCAAAACUGGACAGAAAAGGAUGAGCAAAACGAUAUUAGCUUUACCUCUCUGGCUCGACUGGCUCGCAAAGCACGAGUUUUGAAGAUCCUUAUACGGUCUCGCCUUCAUUCUGGGGAUGUAUCCUCUGUGUGCCGGUAUAUGAAAGACAUGACUCUCGUGCAUCGAUUCGUGAGCGCAAAUGUUUCCUCAAGUCGCUUGAAGCAGGCAUCCGCGGGAAUAGGUCCUACUUCGCCUUUGAAUAGGUUCAAUGCCAAGCGAUUCGUGGUGGAGACCCAGUUACGUUUCACAGGGGCCCUCGUGCUUACCUCCUCAAACCUCCUGAUGGCGCAAGACGUAUCUGGACUUUUUUCGGUGCUAUAUUUCACCAGAUAUUUAGGCAGUAUAUACACAUUUGUACGGUUGUGGAAACGAGCCAUUUAUUUGGUGGCUAAACAAGGGAAGUGGGAAGGCGCGACUGGUUUGAAGGCAUUACUUUCUCUGCUCGGGGAAUCGCUCCCGUCGGGGUGGGAUAAAUCAAUCAUCGGCUCGUUGCUCUUUGAUUCACCCGAGUUGGUAAUAUCGACCCUCAGGACUGUCCUUCAAGCACCGCGGAGUAUCGUAAUAACACUCAGACCGGUUCCCAUGGACAAGGACAAUUUCCAGCUGGAGGGUCGUCCAUUGGCAGGGGUACAUAAACAGUCUUUUGACGACUGGUGGCAACUAGUUAUACCAUUUGGCGUAUCACAAUGGUUACCAAACGCCCUUCGUCCCCUUUCGGAGAGGAUAGACGAUGGAGAGGGUACGCCACUCAAGGGACGUAGUUUUGAAGAGAUGAAUGGUAUGUUAUUAAAGAAGAUACAACGUCACUAG